CAAAAGUGAAAAUACACGAAAAAACAGAGAGUGCGGCUUAAGCAAAUACAGUUGCUUUAUAUAUUUUGUCGAGGCCUUGAUCAUCCUGGUCUUAUAGAUUUUCUCAGAAAAUCCGGAGACUAUUUUCCGUCAAAAUUUGGCCAAACAGCAUGGAAAUAUGUCCUUCUGUGAAAAAUAUCCUUCUGUUGGAUUCUGAAGGAAAACGCAUAGCUGUUAAAUACUAUUCAGAUGAUUGGCCGACUAACAAUUCCAAGGAAGCUUUUGAGAAAUCAGUGUUUACCAAGACUCAGAAGACUAAUGCUCGCACUGAAGCGGAGAUAACUAUGCUUGAGAAUAGCAUUAUUAUUUACAAGUUUGUUCAAGAUCUUCACUUUUUUGUUACUGGGAGUGAGGAUGAAAAUGAGCUCAUCUUAGCCAAUGUUCUUCAGGGUUUUUUUGAUGCAGUAGGCCUUCUCCUAAGAGGCAAUGUGGACAAGAAAGAGGCACUUGAGAAUCUAGAUCUAAUUCUGUUGUGCCUUGAUGAAAUUGUGGACGGAGGUAUUAUUCUGGAAACUGAUGCAAAUGUCAUUGCUGGGAAGGUAGCAAGUAAUAGUAUGGACGCAGGAGCUCCAUUGUCUGAACAGACACUAACUCAAGCACUAGCAACGGCACGUGAACAUUUGACAAGAUCUCUUCUUAAAUGAAAACUUGUAACAGCCAAAAGAGAGGGGCAAAGAGAUUUCUUAUAUUUCUAGUUUUAGGUGUUCAAUUUUAUAUCUGUAGAUGACGGGAAAGCUCCCAUUUUUCUCAUGACUGGGUCUUUUUUUUUUUUUUUUUUUUUUUUUUC